AUGGCGUGCUCAAAGUAUGAGUACGUGAAGCAGUAUGAAGCAGACGACCGUCUGCUGCCGGGCUGCUGGAUCGUGGUGCGGCUAGACGGCAAGGGCUUCACCAAGUUUUGCGACCUUCACGGCUUCGAGAAGCCUAACGACGAGCGCGCCCUGCGCCUGAUGGAUGAAGCCGCCAAGGCAAGAGCCUCUGGGCGCUCCUUGCGCCGUGGGGCCCCUCGACCCUGCCGCUGCUGUCGGCGCUCGCCUCACGCGCCCGGUCGCGCUUUGCUGCUGCCGCAGGCGGUCAUGUCUGAGUUCCAGGACGUCCGGCUGGCCUUUGGGGAGAGCGACGAGUACAGCUUUGUGUUUGCCCGGAACAGCCAGCUGCACGGCCGGCGCGCCUCCAAGCUCGUCUCGCUGGUGGCCUCCUGCUUCAGCGCCAGCUACGUCCGCUUCUGGGCCCAGCACUUCCCCGGCACGCCGCUGGCGGCCACCCCCAUGUUUGACGGGCGGGUGGUGCUGUACCCGAGCAACCACACGCUGCGCGAUUACCUGAGCUGGCGCCAGGCGGACACACACGUCAACAACCUGUACAACACAUGCUUCUGGGCACUCGUCAAGUCGGGCAAGAGCACCGGGGAAGCGCACGAACAGCUGCGGGGGACCCUGUCCGACUACAAGAACGAGCUGCUAUUCAGCCAGUUUGGGCUUAACUACAACACCCUGCCAGAGCGGUUCCGCAAGCCCGCUUCCUGUGGCUGCGGCUGCCUGGUGGCUGUACUACAGGGGUCUAUAGUGAUCCGCCAGCGGGUGAUGCACGUGAAGCAGACAGCGGAUGGAGGGACCAAGGAGAAGGAGCGGCUGGAGCCGUGCGUGUUGCACUGCGACAUCAUCAGAGACGCCUUCUGGGCGCAGCACCCCGAGCUGCUGGCAUAG